AUGUCUCAAAGAAAAUCAUUAACCCAAGCACAUAUCAAGACAGUUCUGAUCUCUGAAGCAAGAGGGAAAUUCAAAAGAUGUUAGUUGUGUCAAAAGGAAUUUGGGCUGUUGAAACCUGAGCAUUAGUGCAAAAGAUGUCGUCGUGCUGUUUGUAAACAAUGUUCAGAACACAAGAUUAUUUAUAUAACAGAAACAGGUCCAAGUAAGAGACCUAGAAGAAUUUGUAAUUCUUGCAAAGAUGAAAGUGAUUGGAUCAAAAGAUUCAUUGAACAAUAAAAGAUUGUUUUCGGUACUAACACUUUUGCUGUCGAAUGGCUAAAGGCAUCAGGUUUGACUGUAGAACAUGCCAAUCAAGAAUACGAAAAAGCAUUAAAAGGAAUUACCUCUAAUCCAGAAAAUAGUGAUUAUUAGAAAAUGAAGUCAGAGUUGAACUCAGUCAUGAUUGAAUUAUGGCUCAAUCUCAAUUUCUCCCUUAGAGAAUUCAUCACCUAUCUAAUCAAAGACAACGAACAUGAAUUGUUGACUUAGAAAAUCAGUAAAGUUUUAGGCUCUCUUUUACUCCAAUAUCCAGAUAUUGGCUACACUUCAGAUUAAAUACUCAUUACUUUAUUCUUACUUUGUUUCUCCUCUGAAGCAUCCACAUAUGCAUUACUGACUGUGCUUUAUUCGAAUAUAAUCCCAUUCAACACUUACCCAUCUCAAUUGAAAAAGACACCUUAUGAUUAUCUUCAUGAAACUGAGAAGGUAGCUUAGGUUUUGGAGUAGGCCUUUAAACUUAAACAAAGUGAAGUGACACUCGCCAAACCUUUUGUGAGAAACAGAAUAUCUAGAUACCUUUAGCCAUUUGGUAUUAACUUCUUUCUUCUACAGACCAGCUUUUUCUUUUUGAAUCAAGUUCUCCUUAAUCCCACUGUGGGAUACGACAACUAUUUAAAGUGUUUGGCAUCUUCCUUCUAUGCAACUUUCGAUGAAAUCAAACAAUUCAAUCAAUAAUUUGAGGAAAUUGAAGGAUAAAUUAUGAAAGGGGUGUCUUCUGGAGUAAUUGAAAAGAACUAUGUUCAAACCAAAUUAAUUAUAUUUAUAUCUCACCCACAGGGUAUGUCACAAAGUGUUAUCGUUUCUAGACCUUUGGAACAGAAUAAGGAUACUCAUUAAAUUAAGGUUGAAUUUAUCAAGGAUUAAAAUGAAUAAUAAAGAAAUGAAUAAGAUGAUGAUAUGCUCAAAUAUUCAGUGACUCAAUCUGAUGAGUUCCAGAACUUAAGAAGAAAGACUGUCUAAAUUGCUUAAUAACCACAAGUUGAUGAAGAAAAGGAAACCUUAAAAAAAUACAUUGAACAAAUUGAAGAACUCUUAAUGACAAAGCACAAAUUGGUCACUGAAUUACAAUUGUAAGUUAAGGAACUUCAAAACUAGCCAUUAUAAGUAAUCAAUCAGGAUGCAGAUAAGUAACUUUUAGAUGCAAAUGAAUCAUUAAGGAAAAAGAUUGCAUUAUAUGAUUUGGAAAUCUAGGCUUUACAUGAAUAGAAGAAAUAUUAGGAUAAAAUUUAGGAAGACAAUUAGAAUAUAAUAAAUAAUUUAUAAAAGUCAAAUUCAGAAAUAUAUGCAUAACUGAAUGCUCAGAUCUUAUAAAAUAAAGAACUUUAAUAAUAAGUUUCUGAUCUUAAACUCUUAUCUACUUAAUAAGCUGAAAAUUCAAUGACAGCUUCUCAAAUUGAUAAGAACUAUUAAAUCAAUAUUUCUUUAUAAUCCAGACAGACUGAGUAAGAAUUGACUUAGCUAUUGGAUGCUGAUCGAUAGAAGAUUUUCUAAUUAGAAUUACAAGUCAAUCAACUAAAUAAGGAGUACAUUGCAUUACAAUAAUUAAAUUAAGAUAAGUUGAGGAUCAUAGGAAAUUUAGAAGUAAGAUUAAUACAAGCAGAAGCUGCGAAAAGAGAGCAUGAAAAGUACUCAUCAGAAAAUAUAGAAAUCAAAAAGAAAUUAUAAAAUCAUGAGUUAGUGAUUAUUUAAUAGACAGAAUAAUUAUAAUUGCUUCAGUAAAGGUAUGAUUUAAGAUGUUUGGAAUUAGAGCCUAUUAAAAAGGAGAAGCUUCAAUUAGCUGAAGAAUUAGGCUUGAAGGAGUAAAUAAUAUUGACGAUCUAACAAUAAUUGGCUGAAUUAAAAAAUUCAUAAAUAUUUAUUUCAAAAUAAUUAGAUGAAGCAUUGUAAAUAAAUGAAAAAUUGCAAUAAAACAUAAUCGAGAAAGAUCAAUAAAUUUCUGAAUAUUUAAAGGUGGUAUAAGAAAAGAAUUUACAGAUUACUGCUUUAAGAGAGUCAAAUAUAUUGAUGAACGAGAGAAUUUAAAAUCUAUUAAAAUAAUUGGAAGAAAAUGAAUUAUAAUUAGCUAAGGUUUAAUAGGAAUUGAAAGAAAAUCUUGAUCGAUAAGCAUAAGGGUAAAUUGAGGCUUCCACAUUAAAAGAAUAACUAUAGUAGCUAAUGUAAUAACAUCAAUUAAUAAAUGAUAAACAUCGAUUGAUAAUUAUUGAAUUGGAUGAUUAUAAGACUAAGUGGACAAUUUUAACAUAGGAACAUAGUUCAUUAAGGGAAACUCAUCAAAUUACUACUAGUGAAUUAGAUUAAUUGAAAUAAAGAUUUGCUUAGCUGACCAAUGAUCAUAAUAGUUUUUAAGAGUAGCAUAGAUUAAUUCUCAUCUAAUUUGAACAAGAAAGAACGAACUCCACUUUAGUUUAAGAGAAAAAUAAAGUUAUUGAUGAACUUAGACACCAGAUAAUCAAACUGGAAGAGACCCAUUAAGUGACCAUUUAAAUACAUCUAACCAAAGUUUAAGAAUUGGAACUUCUAAUCAUAACACUUGAAAAAAAGGUUUUAGAAUUCAAAUCUUUGAGUGAAACAUAAAAAAUUGAAAUCUCUGAACAUUUAGCCAAGAUAAAUUAAUUUGAAUCAGAUAGAGCUGAACAUGUCGCUAAAAAUUAAUCUCUAACAAUAUAAUUAACAACUUACAUGGAAAAGUAGAAUGAAUUAGAAAAAAAGAAUAGCAGUUUGGAAUCAGAACUUGCUCAGUUGUAAAAGAGAGUUUAAGAAUUAAAUCAUCACAAUGGGGAACAAAAGGUCUUGAUUAUAUAAUUAGAAGAAAGAAUUACGUUGUUGAUAACUGAAGUAAAGACUAAGGAGGGGGAGAAUGUUAAAUUAAUUUAAGUGAUUGAAUCCUAGAAAUAAUCUAUAAUUGAUUAUGAAGAAUUGAUUAGAAAAUUAAAAGCCUAAAUCGUUGAAUUAGAAAAGUAUAACCUUAAAUUAAAGACAACCCUUAAACAUUAUAAGGAGCUUUCAAAAGAAAUGGCAGAAAUAGAUUGA